CACACACGGAGCAUCGGGGAGGUCUGCGCAGGUGUGGCCGGGCGGGUCGCCUGACUGAACCAAUCCGUGCGGCAGUUGCAACGCAAACUCGCGUCAGGGAACAUCACCUCAUGAGGUGCGACACACCCCCCGACAUCUCAAAAACGGAGCCGGGAGCCGAGCGACGCGAAACGGCGCACCUCGUGGCAGAGUUGUGUGUUUGUAAACGUCGCGGCUAUGCAUUGGGUCCUGUGUCUGCUCCUGGCGGCCCUGUUCGCCUCUUCUCGCUGUGCCGGAGCGCCCGACACGUUCUGCCAUCGUGAGCGCAGCGACUCCUCCGGACGCCGUCAUCUCACUUUCUUGACGCGCCGAACCGGGCAACUGGAGCUCGUGCAGAGUAUCUGGGGGCCGGAGAGGAACGGCCAGGGGCUCCUGGAGUGCGCGAGCAGCGGAGAUCCGGAGCUGACCGAGACUUAUCUGUCCCUUUGUGAGGAAGCCGAGCCCGCUACCCCGCGGGGUUUGCGAGAUGCUGCUAACCUGGUCGGCGAGGACAGUCCAUGCGUGGAUUCAUCAAAAAGAGCCUUUCGGCGCAAGAGAGAGGUGCGAGCCGCGAGGCACAAGCGGAGCUGGAUGAUCCCUGGGACACUGUGGUGCGGGACCGGGAGCGUCGCUGCCAACUUCACCGAUCUCGGUGUCUUUGAUCAGACUGACAAAUGCUGCAGAGAACACGACCACUGCAGACACACAAUCUCAGCAUUCAGCCUGAAGUAUGGCAUCUUCAACCGUCACCUCUUCACGCUGUCACACUGUCAGUGUGACCAAAGAUUCCGGAACUGUCUCCUUGGCGUCAAUGACACGGUCUCCAAUUUGGUUGGCUACGGCUUUUUCAACGUUCUCAAAGUUCCUUGCUUUGUGUUUGAACCCAGGAUGCAGUGCACCCGCUUAUAUUGGUGGGGGGGAUGCAAGAAACAAAGCCGAGCUCCUUUUGCUCUUGUCCGUGGCCCUACAAGGUACAAUUCCACAUACCCUGAGGAAGAAGACAAAGACAUGGGUUGGAGGGCCAGGGGUACCAACAACAAAUCACAACCCAAGAUGCCACAAGAGACUCUUCUCACAGCCAAGCCACUUUCUAAACAAGGGGGAGCACAAACCCCUAAGCAGAGCACAGCAGAACCAUCAAGGAAAGGAAACCAGGAAAGUCCAGCUCAAGGAACGAGACAAAGAACGGAGAAGCAAGGUGUGGCAAGUCAUCAAAAAGGAGGGAGCAAAAAGAGAGGGCAAAGUAAACUCGACUCGAGUGGGCAGCAGGCUGUCAAGACAGCGAAGCCCCCUGUGACUAGUAAAAAGGUGGCCACCACAUCAUCAACAGCCACAUUUUAUGAUGGAGGCCAGUGGCUGAAAAUCCACAGGGAAGAAAACGCCCUUCCCACUGUAGAACCGGCAUUUCUCGGCGACGAUAAGUCGGAAAAAAGCGAUGGAGUUGCACACAACCGCCCUUCACUUGUCGAAAGAAAAACCGAACAACACCAUAAACUGAAGAACUGUGGCUGCUACAAGCACCUCGAUCGAUGCGAGUACAAAAUUCCACCUUACAAGAAGAGAUUUGAAUUGCAGAACACCGAGUCCCGGAUGCUGUACCACUGCAACUGCACACAAAGGUUGGCUCGGCACUUACGCAAGAUGGGAGAGUCGAAUGCAGUGGAGUCCCUGGCAGUCAGUUACAUCUCCUUCUCCUGCUUCAAUCUACAAACAAGGGAAGAGUGCGAUUCAGGACGAUGUAGCGUGAAGCACACAGCAGUCCUCUCACGUGAUCAUCGCCUCCAAAGAGCCUUGAGGCUAAAGAAGAACGUGGAGAAGCGAGCGCGGGUUGCGGCUGCUCCUAAAGUGAAGAGACAAGGCCUGUACGAGAACUUUCAAAGCAAGAAAGGGUUGGUGAAGCUGUAUGACAAAUGUUUGGAGAUGGUCCAUGCCGUCCAGCAGCAACAGUGACACCUGGGGUCCGUUUAGACUCGAAUUGAAGCUGACCGUUUUUCCUUCCCUCAUUCACAUGCCUAAAAACUCAUCUUUAUAUGAAACUGCGCUGGAUGGAUCCAAAAACACAGCAGCCUUGCCUGUUACAACUACACAACCACAGGCUAACACCAAAGCAAGCUAAACACUUCACUAACACCCAUCCACAUUUCAGUCUUGUAGUUUUGUACUUAAACCACCUGGAAUUAUGGAACAACAAGCCAAACAAUAUAUAUAUAUAUAUAUUUUUUUUCCAGCAAGAAAAAAAUAUUAUCGUGUAACAGAAACAUGGCAACAUAAACACAGCAGGGAAGCUGCCAUAUGAUGCAGAUUUAGUGCACUUCCUGUAGGUGAUAUCCUUGGUAAUGGUCACCAACACACAGCCCAGCGUCCCCAUCGGGACAGUAGAAGAGUGUUUUACUAUGCACUUUUAUAAUAUGAGCGGGAGUCGAGCUAAAGUUAGAAAAUGGAGCGAACCUUCACAAAGUUGAUGAUGUCAUUUCUCGAUGGA